GACUAUUUUAUAAGGAAUUCUCUUCCGAGACAAUUUAGUCUCAUCAAUACUGUCAAACUCAUCUGAUAUAUGUGUUGUGUCUAUUGUUUUUUAUACAUUUACAUAAUCUAAUACAAUUCAUCAUAAAAACAAAAUGUUAUUCAAAUUAGUUACAACCUUGAGUUUAUUACUUUGGAUUUGCAAAGCUGACGAUGUACUGAAGAACAACGGGCAAUUUCCAAGGAACUUCAUGUUCGGCGCUGCCUCAUCAGCCUACCAAAUAGAAGGCGCUUGGAACGAAGACGGGAAGGGCCUGAGCACUUGGGACCACUUCGUACGCAGAACCCCAUCUCCAGUGGUCGACAACACCACGGGAGACGUCGCCUGCGACUCCUACCGGCGCUGGAAGGAAGACGUGAAACUGGUAGCCGACCUCGGCGUCCAAUCCUACAGGUUCUCCAUCUCCUGGCCCCGCAUACUGCCCAGCGGCUACGACAAGCACGUCAACGAAAAGGGCCUGGAGUUCUACAAGCAACUGGUCCAGGAAAUCAUCAAGCACGGCAUGGUGCCCGUCGCCACCAUCUUCCACUGGGACCUGCCGCAGUUCCUCUUCGACAACGGCCUCGACUGGACCAACGAGGAGCUGAUCAACGUGUUCGUCAGGUACGCCAGGUUCGUCAUCAAGAACCUGCCGGAGGUCGGGUAUUGGAUAACCAUCAACGAGCCGAGGGUGCACUGCAGGAGGUCCUACGGCGACGGCCUCCACGCUCCGGGUGUCAGCGACGACGGAAUCGGCGACUACAAAUGCACUUAUAACAUCCUCAAAGCCCACGCCGCCGUCUACCGCAUGUACAAGCGGGAAUUCCCGCGGUAUAAAGCUAAAAUGGGAAUGGUGGUAGACUGCCAAUGGUACGAACCUGCUAGUAAUCGACCCGAAGACGUAGAAGCAGCAGAAAGGCACUACCAAUUCGAGUGCGGCAUGUAUCUACACCCCAUCUUCCAAGGCGAUUGGCCGCCUUUGGUUAAAUACAGGGUGGCCGAACGGAGCAGACGCGAAGGCUACACGAAGUCCAGGCUUCCUUCGUUCACCGCCGAAGAAGUCAAAUUCAUGAGGGGCACUCAGGAUUUCCUGGGGGUGAAUCAUUACUCCACCACGUCGGUGUCGAACGUACAGGAGGCGUCUUACAACGAGACGAGGUUCGCUCACGAUAUCCGCGUGUCGAUAAACAGGAAAUUGAAUUGGGAAGUUUCGUUCUUAGGCUGGGGUGUGGUGCCCACGGGAGUGAGAAGGUUAUUGAAUUUGUUUAAAGAACGUUACAACGAUCCAGACGUUAUGUUCACUGAAAUAGGUGUAGCAGAUGAUGGAACUACGUUGAGAGAUGACAUUAGGAUUCGAUAUUUUCGCAGUUAUUUCUGCAACAUUUUGGAGGCUAUGCAAGUGGAUAAAGUCAGCGUGGUAGGAAUUAUUCCUUGGAGUGCAAUGGAUAGCUUCGAAUGGCAUCGUGGUUACGAAGCUCGAUUUGGAUUUUACGCCAUUGAUUUUGAGAAUGAUCCCCAAUUGCUGAGACGUCCUAAAAUGUCUGUAAAUUACUACAAGUCUAUAGUGGAAUCUAAACGACUACACUGCAAUACUGCAGUUUCUGUAUGGAAUGACAAAGAAAUUUUAUAGUUUUAAUACGAUGUACAAAUAUUUAGGUGUAAUAUUUAUUAAAUUAUUUUAAGCAUUU